AGUAAUACGCUAACAAUGCUUCUGUCACAGACUCACCCACUGACCGUGGCUUAUAAAAGGCUGGAGCUGAGCUGAGCAACCACCAGUUAGAAACUGCUCUUAACAACGCACCUCUCGUUCACCCCGACUCCUCACACCAUGGCCUGCUGUGCUACUAGCUUCUGUGGGAUUCCCAGCUGCUCCACCAGUGGGAACUGCGGCUCCAGCUGUGGGAUCCCCAGCUGCUCCAUCACUGGGAACUGUGGCUCCAGCUGCUGUGAAAGCAGCUGUGGCCAGACUGGCUGUGGCAUCGGGGGUGGCAUUGGUUUUGGCCAGGAAGGUGGCAGUGGUGCUGUGAGCUGCCGCACCAGGUGGUGCCGCCCAGACUGCCGCGUGGAGGGUACCUGCCUGCUCCCCUGCUGCGUGGUGAGCUGCACACCCCCAACCUGCUGCCAGCUGCACCACGCCCAGGCUUCCUGCUGCCGCCCGUCCUACUGUGGACAGUCCUGCUGCCGCCCGGCCUGCUGCUGCUACUGCUGUGAGCCCACCUGCUGCCACUCCAGCUGCUGCCAGCCCAGCUGCUGCCAGCCAACCUGCUGCCAGCCCAGCUGCUGCCAGCCAACCUGCUGCCAGACCAGCUGCUGCCAGCCAACUUGCUGCCAGACCAGCUGCUGCCAGCCAACCUGCUGCCAGACAACCUGCUGCCAGCCAACCUGCUGCCAGACAACCUGCCAACCUAGCUGCUGUGGAACCAGCUGUGGCCAGGAGGGUGGCAGUGGUGCUGGUAGCGCCGUGAGCUGCCGCACCAGGUGGUGCCGCCCAGACUGCCGCGUGGAGGGUACCUGCCUGCCACCCUGCUGUGUGGUGAGCUGCACACCCCCAACCUGCUGCCAGCUGCACCACGCUCAGGCCUCCUGCUGCCGCCCGUCCUACUGUGGACAGUCCUGCUGCCGCCCGGCCUGCUGCUGCUACUGCUGUGAGCCCACCUGCUGCCAGCCCAGCUGCUGCGAGCCCAGCUGCUGCCAGCCCACCUGCUGCCAGCCCACCUGCUGCGAGUCCAGCUGUUAAGGACCAGGUUGCUGAUUCCCAAUUAGUAACUUCACAGUUUCAACUCGGUCCAUAAACUAAGCAGCUCUUCAGCCACUCCUGGACCCCAAACAAGUUCUUGCACUUCAUUUCACUGUUGCUCUGGAGGUUACCAAAUAUUUGAGCCUCCAGAACAGUUUCCAUUCAACAUGGGAAAGGUUUGGAUCACUGCUCUGUGGGUCACAAAAUACAAAUUUGACUCAAGAAAUGGGAAAUCCAAUGGGUGAUCAUAGCAAAGUUUGACCCUACCCUGCAGGGAUCAUUGCUUUGCCAGUGCUUGGAAGAAUCUGCUCCUCUCAGCUACUUUCCCCUCCUCCCUCCGCCAUCCUGUGGGCUGCACUUCCUAUGAAAAAGAAAUAAUGCACCAUGAUCUAAUAAACUAUGCCUAUCGGCACAGCAAAAA